CAGCCAUCCUGUUUGGUUAAGUACAUUUCAGUAUUUACUUUUUAUAAACUGUAUUUUUUGUCUUCAGUUUAUGGCAUGUAUGCUUUUUCUGAUAUGUCCUACUUGAUUUGUGUUUUGACCAAUGUGUAAACUGUUGUGUUCCUUAAGAAUUUUAAGAUCGGGAGUAGUACAAAUGUGUCUUAAAGGAAACAAUUGUUUUUUUUUCUUUAUUAGGAAGUCCAGGAACCAUGCUGCAGUAUCAAUCCUGUGGAAUAUUUGCACUCCUAUGUGUUUCUCUGAUUUCAUUCACGCCUUCUUGCGAUGGAGGCAACAUUCUGGUGUUUCCAGUAGAUGGCAGCCACUGGAUAAACAUGAAGGUUCUCCUGGAGGAACUUCAUGCCAGAGGACACAACCUGACUGUGAUCAGAGCGUCCACCAGUUGGUAUAUUCCAGAAGAGUCUCCAAUGUAUAGCUCAAUUACAAUAAAUAUGACGGAGGACGAACGUUUUGAGGACUUUUUUGACGAGUUCCUUCGGGAGCAAAUGAGGCUGCUCAAAGAUGGGGGUUCAGCAAUUUCCCAUUUCAAAAUAACCAAGUUUUUUCUCUCACUCCUCUAUAAUGUCCAUUUAAUCUGGACUCAAUGCGCUGCUCAAAUCUUUGAUGAUAAAAGUCUGAUAGAAACUUUACUGGACUCUAAAUAUGAUCUUGUUUUAACCGACCCUGCCAUAGCUCCAGGUGUUCUACUUGCAAGGUAUUUGAAACUGCCCGUUGUUCUGAAUGUACGAUGGAUCCCCAGUGGUGAAGGACAUUUAGCCAUAGCCCCCACCCCAGCGUCCUACAUCCCAGCUCCUGGUUCAGGUUUAACCGACAACAUGACGUUCCUUCAGAGGACCAAGAACCUGUUUUUCUACGGCAUCAUACUGUUCCAACAGAGAUUCAUAGUGGGCCCUCACUAUGAUGUUGUCUGUCAGAAAUAUUUUGAGGGUGAAUGUGACAUUAUCUCAGUACUUCAGGAAGCAGACAUCUGGCUGUUCAGGUCAGAUUUUGUUUUUGACUUCCCUCGACCCACGAUGCCUAAUAUUGUCUACAUCGGUGGGUUCCAAUGUAGCCCAGCAGAACCUCUACCGUCAGACCUGGAGGAGUUUGUUCAGAGUGCUGGAGAACAUGGAAUGAUCAUCAUGACUCUGGGAACUUUGGUUAAUGCUUUGCCCAAAGAGGUUGCUGACACAAUUGCCAGUAUUUUUGCCAAGUUGCCACAGAAGGUGAUCUGGAGACACAAAGGGGAGCGCCCCUCUACUCUGGGCAACAACACACUGAUUGUGGACUGGAUGCCACAGAAGGACCUCCUGGGCCACCCACAGACCAAAGUCUUUGUAGCCCAUGGGGGAACCAACGGAAUCCAGGAGGCCAUUUAUUAUGGAGUUCCUGUGCUGGGCAUACCCUUGUUCUUUGACCAGUUUGACAACCUGGUACGUUUGCAGGCGAGAGGAGCUGGAAAGAUCCUUCAGUUGGCCGACAUCAAUGGACACAAUUUUGAAGUAGCUCUGAAGGAAGUGCUGCUUCAGGACAGCUACAGAGAGAACAUGCAAAGACUUUCACGAUUGCACAGAGAUCAGCCAAUAACUCCCAUGGAUAAGGCCAUCUUCUGGGUGGAAUAUGUGAUGCGUCAUAAAGGAGCAGCACAUCUGCGUACAGAGGCUUAUAAGAUGUCCUGGUUCUCGUACUACAGUGUAGAUGUAGUAUUAUUUCUGCUGACUGUAGUAACUGUACUGCUGCUCUCUGUUAUGGUGCUUCUUAGGUCACUGUGCUGCAGGAAUAGAAGGAAACUCAAAGACAAACAAAAUUGAUUUUUUAAGAUAAGAUAUCUGGGACUUCCUUGAAUAUAAUCAUUUUCAAAGCAUAUGUACGAAAUGUCUUACAGGUACAAGUACAGUUGCUGUUGAUCUAGUUUUUUCUCCACAUUUCUUUCCAGUAAGAAUUAGUUUCCUGAAAAUGAGAGGACAAAAUGUGAUAAAUUGGUGUGACAGUGAUAUACUUGGCAUCGUCUCUGCAGAUAAUGCAACGUCCACCAUGAGACCAUCCUGUUUGUCAGUCUGUGGUCUUUGCUAUGUUGAUCAAAUAUCAGAAACACGUGCCUGCUCUACUGUAGGACACCAGAGGCAAUCAAAUAUUGUAGGACAGCCGCGGGGAAUCGAAUGCACCGUUGUUCAUAUUCAUGUCAUGCAUGUUAUUUCAUUGCCAUCUCUAUAAGUGUAAAUGUGAAUGGAAAGUUCCUUAAUAAAUGUAAAGAAGAAACAGAAACAGAUACUUUGAAACAAUCAGAGUCUGGAGGGAACGAGAAGUCUCCCUUUGAAAGAGCAGGAGCUCGUAUGGUUCUGAUUUAUGAAAUGGCAGCGGCGUCCUUUGGUGAGUGUGAGUUCAAUCACAUCAAGCCUUGUUAUCCAGUGGUUUACUUUGCUAAAAGCUUAAGAGCGUAAUGAUGAGGUUGGCAAGUGCAAAUAAUUCUGGUGCAGAGGUGAUUGGUUCAAGGCCUUGUUUGAGUUAAACAAAAGUGAUCCGGGUCAUGAAUCCUCAGUAUGUGGUCGAUGGGACUGGAACUGUUUUUGGUUUUGUAGGGUCUUCUAUUCUUUCUAAUCUCCCUGUCCUUGUCCAUCUGUUGGCCUGAACCUCCUUUUCUUUCCUCCCUGGUUUCCUUGGAAAAUCCUUUUUUUAAAGCCUGGACUUCUGCAGGAUGAGGUCACUGUACAUGUUCUGUGUUAAAGACCAGCCAAGAUCUGGUUUUGAACACAGGGAAAACAGAUGCUGUCAUGAGAUUAGAUACUUAGUUUUGAGCACUGUUGCGACAACCUUGGUUACACAGAAAGAAAGAAACUAAAGAUGUACGACGAUUAUUCAAAAGUCUGUAUGAAAGAAAAAGUCUUCAAACUGACAUUGUUGUCACACUAAACAAUACAUAAUUAAAAUUAAGGAUAAAAUCAAUUACCAUUAUUAUUUAACAUGAAAGAAUUAUUAACACAAUUAUUUAUUCUAAAUGUGAACUUAAUUAAAAGGGAAAAUAGUGUUGAAGUGUCAACAUAGUUGCUAUCAAUGUGGAAUAAAUUGUGCGGAAAAUAAA